AUGAGGUGCGGAGCUCCUUUGCGACGAGAUCUGGAAGACCCGAGGCAUGUAGUGGACCAGACCUCAGACCAGCUCUUGAAGAUCUCUCAAACAUUAGUUUUCUGCCGUGAGAUUGCUUGCGAGGACAUUCAUAUGAUGCCUAUCGUCGGAUUGGUUGUGCCCACGUCGUAUGAAUGCCACCUGGCUAAAGGAUACAAUACGUAUUGGAUAUACAAUAUUGGAUUACAGGGCGUUCAUCGGUCUUUCGAUAACUUUCCUGCAUCGCAACCGAUACGAUUUGGAUUCUCUACGACCGAGAGAAGAGCGCCGUCGAAUUCGUCGUCGUCGUCGAGCACUCCACUGGGCCCCACGAUGGCGCACGUACCGCACCCACCCGGAUCCACAUCACACAUGUCCUCGCACCGGGAGACCGACGAAAGCUCUCGGGAUUCCGGGUUUGGGGAGAUGGAUUACGAGAAUAUGCCUAUAGACUUUUCCCAAUCUUCUAUAUUGGUCAAAAAGUCCUCGACUUUCCAGCUGAAAAACCUCGAUAUGGAAAUGGAUGAUCUAGUCAUUGAGGAGUCACUUAAAAUUCAAACCACAAACAUGAUUUGCUCGAAGAACGAAGAAUUGGAAGUAAAAGAUGUGCUUAGUAGCCUUAGAUCGCUUAGAAGAGGACUCUGUGAUGUAACUAACAGUCCCCGGUUUUCUCAUGCGGAGUCACCGAAGUCAAGAAAAUCGUUGUUUGCAAAGCCGCAAAUGCCACGCGCAGCUAGCAUGUAUAACAGUAGAAAGAGAUGUUUACAUACGAGUAGCCUGGAGCACAAGCGGUACAGGAUCGACAGCGUCGCGGAGGAACAUGAGAACGCUCCGACAUGUUCUGCAUCCACUACGGGGACAACAUCGAGAAGGACAUCGUUGAUGCUUCGAGUGCAGUCGUCGUCCGUGCUGGAAGUUGGGCACCAUCACCUGCCUCAGUUCCUUGAAGUGAAAUACCAUCUGGAAACGCUCACCACCAACGAUUCUCAAGCGUUUCGUCGCAUCGAUGCGCGAACUCUUUCUCAACUCAUGAAAUCGAUGAGUAGCGAAGAGUUCGCCCAGAAGUACGUUCUUAUCGACUGUCGGUAUCCGUACGAGUUCAACGGUGGUCACAUUAAGGGUGCCAUAAAUAUCUAUGACACUGCGAAAUGUGAGGAAGUGUUCUUUCCUUCAAUCACCUCUGCUCAGAAAGAGGGGAUUCAGCGUCGGAUACCGAUAUUUUAUUGCGAGUACAGUCAGAAGCGUGGUCCAUCAAUGGCACAAAUGUUGCGAAGUGUGGAUCGACAACGGAAUGUGGACGUGUAUCCGAAAGUAGAUUUCCCCGAGAUCUACGUCGUCGAUAAGGGCUAUCGGAAUUUUUUUGAGAUGCUCCGUGAGUCCUCGGAUCGAAAUUUAUGCGAACCAUGCGGAUACGUCCCGAUGGCUGACAUUCGCUUCAUUCAUCACCUCAAGAAGUUCAACUUCCAUAAGAAGAGCUGGGGAAACACUACGUGUUCGAGAAGUGUGCCACCGCAGUCUCGCUUGGCUCUGCGCCAACUUUCCGAAGGUGCCUAUCAUUCGCCGUCGAAUCAAGGCUCGGGCUCGAUGCGACCGUCAUCGCGUCGCCCACUCUUCACCGCUCCACCGAAGACGCCAGAAUCUCAACAACCGGCGCCGAUUGUGUAUGCGAAUGCCGUUACAGCUCAGACACGUCUCAUUUCUUCUCAUCUUGAUAUUUUGUAG